CCAUCAAACUCUUACAAACCAGUGAUACCUCAAUUAUUUUUGAAAGAAAAUUAUUUGCCAAUUAAAAAUAAUAAACAUUCUUUUGCAACAAUGAGUUACCCCUUGGAAGAUGGGAUACGUGAUGAAAUUUUGUAUAGUGCGCGUGCAAAUCUUUUUUCUGUUCCAAAAGGCAAUGGCAUACCUGCGCGGCGUGGUCAUUUACUGUUGAAUUGUCCAAUUGAAGGUGCAUCAUAUUAUCUGGAUUCCAUCGUGAAAAGUGUUGCCACAUCUUUACAUGCCGAUUUAUUGACUUUUGAUCGGCAAGAUUUGAUGGAAUUGACUGCGAGUAUGUUUUCGAGGAAGGGUAAUGUAACACCGUGGCCACUAUUUCCGGAACUUAAGGGCUUUAAUCCAUAUAUUGCCGCAUCACCGUAUUCCACAACUUCUUCCUUUUCUUCAGAUGAUGAAAUAGAAGAUGAUGUUUUCAUGGAGGAGGAAGGCUUCGAAUCACCAUCGUCUCGCAAUUCUGGUUAUGAAAAUAAAACUUUGGCUGACAACUUUCAAUAUAAUUCAUCUCAAACAAACGGUUCUUUACGCGCAGAGAUGAAAAUUAUCCUUGAUAAAAUAGACCGAUUUUUUGAGACAUUAGUUUCUACAUCUUUUUCUGAUAAUGUUAAUUCAUCGAAAAACACGUCAUCAACACCAAAAAUCAUAUAUUUUCGUGAUGUCGGAGAUUUGGUUCCAACUACUUUCGGUACCGCAUUGAUUAAUAGUCUUGUUGAAGCAGUACAAAAUCAAAGAUAUUUAGGUGAUCAAAUGAUGAUAAUUGCUGGAUAUUCUCCAUCAUUGUUUGCUAUAGAAAAGAAGUCAUCAUUAAGCCCUUCAAAUAACUGCAUACCUUCACAUGAAAUUCAAUGGGUCAACGUUGACAUAUUUCCGAAUCCUGCAAUGUUGGCCGCCUUUACUCAUAUAGCCAUACCUCCCCCGUCGUCACCUGUAUUAGCUCAACAUCUGCAAACCAUGAUUGCAGAGGAUAAGAAUGUCGCUAUAAGGCAUAUUAAUGUACGUACUUUAAAAGCCGUAUGCGCUAGCAAGGGUGCUUAUUUCAGAGUCAACGAUAUUAAAGAGUUGGGAUGCCUUCUUGCACAACUGGAUGGUUUGGAUAAUGAAGUAUGGGGAUUUGAGCGUGUUCACCGACUUGUAAUGAAUGCGAUUGGAAUAUCUCUUGAAAGACAAGAUUUAUCAAUACUGAAUGAUCAAAUAUAUUUGGAUGUUGAACAUUUUAUUUUGGCGUCAAAUACUUUAAGAGCAAAUCAAAAGCUACGGAAAGAUUUCGUUGAGUCAGCCUCAUCUAAUAAUGACGUAACAAAUAAAGGUCCCGAAAAGCUAGUAAGUAUUGUAGGCAUUGGGGAUGGUAAAAUAAAUUUAUCAAACCGAAAAAACAUGAGAAAAGAGGACCUUGAUAAAUAUGAAAAAAAACUUUUAGGUUGCGUGGUAGAUCCAGGUAAUUUGAUAAGAAUCUACAUGAAAUUGUUGGUAGAUGAGGACGUGCUAACAUCAAUUGUUUCUACAUUAAAUGUAGAGAAUAUUUAUGUAGGAUUUUCUGACAUACAUGUUGCGCAAUCCACUGUUCAAACACUUCAAACGCUGAUUACCUUACCUUUAAUGCGACCACAAUCAUUCUCUUAUGGAGUCUUGAGAAGACAUUUUAUAACUGGGGUUUUAUUGUUCGGGCCACCUGGAACUGGUAAAACUAUGUUGGCGAAAGCCGUUGCCAAAGAAAGCGGUAGCACUGUGAUCGAAAUUAAAUCCAGCGAUGUAUACGAUAUGUAUGUUGGUGAAGACGAACUUGAUGCGAUAUUUGGAUCCAGGAGAUCAGACAUACAUAACGGAGCACAUAGAGAAAUCAUCAACCAAUUCAUGGCAGAAUGGGAUGGUUUGACGUCUCGUAAUGAAGGUGUACUGAUUAUGGGUGCAACCAAUCGACCAUUUGACUUGGAUGAUGCCAUUUUAAGGAGAAUGCCAAGAAGGAUAUUAGAUCGUGAACACAUCCUUCAUUUGCAUCUUCGUGACGAGAAACUUGAUCCGUCGAUAUCAUUGGCAAACUUAGCGAAAAUAACCAAUCUUUACUCCGGGUCAGAUUUAAAAAAUUUAUGUAUUAGUGCUGCUCUUGCCGCCGUCCGCGAGGAUGCAGAAAGAGAGCAAGCAAAUUCUAGCACAUUUGUCAAAGGGAUUACGAAAAAGACCGUUGACAAACACCCAGAAAUCAGAGUAUUGAAAACUCAUCAUUUUCAGCUUGCACUUAAACAAGUGACACCUUCUUGUUCAGAAGAUAUGUCAAGUUUGACUGAGCUGAGAAAAUGGGACACAAUGUACGGUGACGGAGCAUGGAAUAGAAAAAGACGUUCGAAAGGAAUAGGGUUCGAUGUUGAUGCAGGUCUUCCAGAUAAUUCAUCUCAAUCUAUAAGCCCGUGA